AUGUGGCCUGUGCUGCUGGUUGUGCUGCUGUUGGCGAUCCUUUACAUACUUUACUAUGUGCGGUUCUCUAGCAGCUCCCCGAACCCCUUCUGGGAGGAUGUCAAGCGGACGCCCGCGCCCCUGGUGACCGACAAAGAAGCGAGGAAGAAAGUUCUCAAACAAGUUUUCUCAGCCAACCGGGUACCAGAGAAGCUGGACGUGGUGGUGAUAGGCAGUGGCUUCGGGGGCCUGGCUGCUGCUGCGAUUCUGUCCAAAGCUGGCAAGCGAGUUCUGGUGCUGGAACAACACACCAAGGCAGGAGGCUGUUGUCAUACCUUUCGGCAUGAUGGCCUUGAAUUUGACACGGGAAUACAUUAUAUUGGGCGUAUGCAAGAGGGUAGCGUUGGCCGUUUUAUGUUGGACCAGAUCACUGAGGGGCAGCUGGACUGGACUGCCUUGUCCUCUCCCUUUGACAUAAUGGUACUAGAAGGGCCCAGUGGUCGAAAGGAGUUCCCCAUGUACAGUGGAGAGAAAGCCUAUGUUCGGGGCCUCAAGGAGAAGUUUCCUCAAGAAGAAGCUGCCAUUGACAAGUAUAUACAGCUGGUUAAGGUGGUGUCCCGAGGAACCAUGCAUGCCAUCUUGCUGAAGCUCCUCCCACUGCCUGUGGUUCAGCUCCUCUCCAAGUGUGGCCUGCUGACCCUUUUCUCUCCAUUCCUUCGUGCAUCCACCCAGAGCUUGUCUGAGGUCUUGCAGCAGCUGCCGGCCUCCCGUGAGCUCCAGGCAGUGCUCAGCUAUAUCUUCCCUACUUAUGGAGUGACCCCCAGCCACACCACCUUUUCCAUGCAUGCUCUGCUGGUUCACCACUACAUGAAUGGAGCUUUCUAUCCCCGUGGUGGCUCCAGUGAAAUCGCCUUCCACACCAUCCCUGUGAUUCAGCGAGCCGGCGGCGCUGUCCUUACAAGGGCCCCUGUGCAGAGCGUGUUGCUGGAUUCAGCUGGAAAGGCCUGUGGUGUCAGUGUGAAGAAGGGCCAAGAGCUGGUGAACAUCUACUGCCCCAUCGUGAUCUCCAAUGCAGGACUGUUCAAUACCUACCAGCACUUAUUGCCGGAGCAGGCCCGCUGUCUGCCAGAUGUGAAGAAACAGCUGUCCUCGGUGCGGCCCAGCUUGGGUUUUUUCUCUGUUUUCAUCUGUCUACGAGGCACCAAGAAGGACCUGGGUCUGGAUUCCACCAAUUACUAUGUUUAUUUUGACACAGACAUGGACAAGGCGAUGGAACGUUACUACUCCCUACCCAGGGACAAGGCUCCAGCACAUAUCCCCUUUCUCUUUAUUGCUUCUCCCUCAGUUAAGGAUCCAACGUGGGAGGACCGAUUUCCAGACCGCUCCACGAUGAUUGUGCUGAUUCCCACGGUCUAUGAGUGGUUUGAGGAGUGGCAGGAGGAGCCACAGGGAAAGCGGAGCAGUGACUACGAGACCCUCAAAAAUGCCUUUGUUGAAGCCUCUGUGUCGGUGGUCCUGAAGCAGUUCCCCCAGCUGGAGGGGCAGGUGGACAGUGUAACCGGAGGGUCCCCGCUGACCAAUCAGUUCUUUCUGGCUGCCCCCCGAGGUGCUGUCUAUGGUGCUGACCAUGACCUGAGCCGCCUACAUCCUAGUGCGAUGGCAUCCAUGAGGGCUCAAAGCUGCAUUCCCAACCUCUACCUGACAGGUCAGGAUGUCUUCACCUGUGGCCUGAUGGGGGCCCUGCAAGGGGCCAUGCUCUGCAGCAGUGCAAUCCUGAAGCGCAAUUUGUACUUGGACCUUCAGAAGCUUGGCUCCAAGGUUCAGGCAAUGAAGAAGAAGAAUUAA